UCAUCUACUGCAAGAGCCAGUUUUGGCCCUGUACUCUUCGAUAGACACCCAUUGUAACCACGAUCCAACACGUCAUUUACGCUGCUAGGUGACGUAUGUGGUGUGGAAACGUGGACGCUACAAGGAAAGCAGAAUGCAACCAUUGAUCGGACGUCGAAUGUUACCCUUUAAAUUUAGUUCAGGCAUGUAUAAAUCGCCAGUAUGCAAAGGGGUGUCGAAGAGGUUGGAUAUCAGGGGAAUUUUUAGUGGAUAUUCGUGUGUAGAUCAGCAGCAUGUCAGGUAUCGAAGAAGAGGUGGUGCAUCCACCCUACAACUUCACAUGGAUUGUUAAAGAUGAACUGGCCGCAAUGGCAUGCCCCAAGACACUUUUCAAUAUUCGUUUUCUCAAGAAAGAAGGCAUCAAGCAUCUUGUGACUUUAUCUCCAGAGUCGGCACCACCAAUCCGUACUUUUUCAGAUUUAAAGUGGACCGAAAUUCCUAUAGAGGAUCUUUCUCCUCCAUCAGUCAGUCAGAUUAAGAAGUUUAUAGAUGUGUGUCUAAAGUGUAAAACUGAAGAGCAGCCUGUAGGUGUCCACUGCCGCUUGGGCCAAGGAAGGACUGGAGUAAUGGCUGCAUGUUUUUUGGUUCAUUUCUAUGACCAUUCUCCAGAACAAGCUAUUACAAAUGUACGAUUGAUGCGCCCAGGCUCUAUAGAAACAUAUCAACAGGAAAAGGCAGUUUUCAAAUAUUGUGACUAUUUACGGAGUGUAUAAUAUCGAGCUGUGUUAGUCAUUACUGAAAAAAAUGACUCAUGUGUUUUGUUCUGGAAAUGCAGCCUUGAUGAGAACCUCAGAUGAUCAUUCAGAUCUUUUAUAUUUUGUUAAAUGCCUGGAAAAUGCUUUUGAGGGUUUUAUAUACAUUCUUGGCUUGUGUGCCACAUCGGCGUACAUCACCUGCAGUCAUCUGGAGACCAUGAAAGCAAAUGUCUUUGGAUAUCAGACAGAAACAUGACACAUCAGAGCAGGAUUUGGGUGCUAAGACUGACAAAGAAGAUGGAGAAGUACACACCUCUCAAGAAAUGUUCUGCCACAUGCAGAAACAGCUCAGUGACUGCAAAGGUCACUAGUUUCUUGUUUCUUAGUUUAUUUGCUGACACUGUGUAAAUGGUAGAGAUUCUAGUAGUGGGAGGAUGACUGCAUCUGGAAAUGUUGAGUAAGGAGAAAUGUUUUAAGGUUGUUUAUUAUUACAAAGUAAAAACACCUGUUAUAGAAAAUUGCCUUGUUAAGUUAUGUCUUGGCAUUGUAUCAAAUAAAGAAAGCUGAAGCUCUCUAGUCUUUUAA